GGCCGGCCGGGGCGGGCCGUGCGGGCAGGGGCGACGGUCUGCGGCCUGAGGGGAGGAGACGACGCGGCGGCAGCGAUGCUGGAGACCCUGCGCGAGCGGCUGCUGAGCGUGCAGCAGGAUUUCACCUCCGGGUUGAAGACUUUAAGUGACAAGUCAAGAGAGGCUAGAGUAAAAAGUAAACCUAGCACUGUUCCAUAUUUGCCAAAGUACUCUGCUGGAUUAGAAUUACUUAGUAGAUAUGAAGAUACAUGGGCUGCACUUCACAGAAGAUCUAAGGAAUGUGCAAGUGCUGGAGAGCUGGUGGAUAGUGAAGUGGUUAUGCUUUCAGCACACUGGGAGAAGAAGAAGACCAGCCUGAUAGAGUUAGAGGAGCAGCUUCAACAACUUCCAGCUUUAAUAGCAGAUUUAGAAUCCUUGACAGAAAAUCUAACUCACUUAGAGGCAAGUUUUGAGGAGGUAGAAAACCACUUGCUGAAUCUGGAGGAUUUAUGUGGACAGUGUGAAUUAGAAAGAUACAAACACAUACAGUUGCAACAACUGGAAAAUUACAAGAAAAACAAGAGGAAGGAACUUGAAGCCUUCAAAGCUGAACUAGAUGCGCAGCAUAACCAGAAGGUCCAGGAGAUGGAGCAUGCCCAGCAGGUGAAGCUGAAGGAGCGGCAGAAGUUUUUUGAGGAAGCCUUCCAGCAAGACAUGGAGCACUACCUUUCUACAGGGUACCUGCAGAUAGCAGAGAGGCGAGAGCCCAUGGGCAGCAUGUCCUCCAUGGAGGUGAACAUCGACAUGUUGGAGCAGAUGGAUCUGAUGGACAUUUCCGACCACGAGGCCCUGGACGUCUUUCUGAAUUCAGGAGAAGACGACGGUGUGCCGUCCCCUGCCCUAGGGCCUGAGUCCAGUCUCGGCGCACAGGAAGUUCCCCUACAGGUCCCCCGCCCCUCUGAACCACAAGCCGCAGCACCACCCUCUGUGACCUGCACAGACCUGGCCACCCAGGACCCCCCAGAAGGUGGGGAGUCCCCGAUUGUUCAGUCUGACGAGGAGAGCGUGGAGGUUGAUACGGCCCUUGCCACACUACACACCGAUGACAGCGACUGCUGACUAGGCCGCUCUGCCCGCACGGGGAAGGCGUCACCUGAGUCUUCAACUGAGGCGCUUCAUUUUUGCAAAAUUGCCAAUGUCUGGGAAAUUGACAUAACAGGUAACAAUAAAGUUUUGGGACCUAAAUCCAGAGUACAUAGCGAGUUUAUACAGGAAGGCGCUAAACACACCUCCCGCAGGCCCCGGUGCAGGAAAGGUGGCUGGGGCCAGAGCUGGGCCAGGGCUGGGCAGUGAGGACGGAGUAAAACCCUCUGAGGUACAGCUGCAGUAGCCUCCUCUCAGCAGUGUGGAUUCUCACUGGAGCAUGACAAGUUGUCCGCGGCCUAGGAGCCAGCCCCACCUCAGUGCUAGAGCGCUCACCGGGGCCACAGGAGGUGAGAAGCCUGGAGAGCAGCACCUGUGUGCCCUCCUGGCAAGAAACUGGUCAGAGCAGCCCCCUCUGACCACUCAGAGCCCAGCGCCUGCACCCAGGCCCCAUGAGCACAGGCGCGAAGGGCAAGGACAGCCCGAGAGGGGCUGCCACAUGGGCCUAGGGGGGUGGGGGGCGGCCAGCGAGACUGGAACACAGCUGCGCCCUCCCUGGCUAAGAGGCGGGACUCGGCCUCUGUCAGAAAGGGCUCGUGUCAAGUCACUCAUCUUCCACAAGACAGACAAAUGUCCAAAAAACUUUGUUUUUAUUAUUAAACCUUGUAGUACAAACCUGAAAAGUAAACAAAAACUGGCAAUAAACAACAUGAAGUCGUCCCUCCCUCCCUUGGGAGGAGUGCAGAGCAGCGCUAAUAAAUUAAAUGUCAAACUGUAAGCCAUAGGCAGAAGUUUACUGUCAAAAAGAGGGAAAGUACACAGCAAGGCCAUAAAAACCGGACAACCACAUUGGAAAACACUUGACUGUUUAUGUAAUUGUUAAAUAUUCCGAAACAGUUCAGUCUUCUGCAACAACAACCAACAAAGUGUAUCACAGGACGCCCUGACAGCCCGCUGGCGAGCUCAGUGCACACGGCAGCUACGGGAAGGUGAGUCCAAUCAUGAAACAGGACAGCUUGUGAAAACAGUUUCCCUUUUUUAUUCCACACAUACUGUACACACAACCGGAGAAGGGCAGCAGCUACUCGUCGUCGUCGUUGUUCAGUGAUGUAAGCAGCACUUAUAAACGUUACAAGAAGAACCCUGUAGGCAUCCAACCCAGCCGAUGAAGAAACUGAAAUGUAAGGCUUUUCUCCAUCUUGUCUUCUCACCCUCCCCACCCCCACCGAGAAAAGGCUCAAGUAUUUAAAACAAUUUACAGGCGUAUGUACAAAAGGGACGGGCUUUUUUUUUUUUUAUCUUUUUUUCUUUUUGUUACAACAUGAAGAGAAAAAAUAGACAAGAUGAGCGCAAAUGCAUUUCACAUUCAAAAAGAACCGCAGACCUCCUAGUGGCUCUACAUGUGAUCAUGAACGAAACGAAUUUAAAAAGAUUAAUGCUGACUUGUGAAGGUGAAAACAAGCAGUGAGAUGGAGAUGGAAUGUCGGAAGAUUGCACGUCUAGGACAACGAAGCACUUGGGCUUCAAUCAUUUUUUUUUUUCCUUAAGGAUGCUAUUGAAGGGUUUUUUGAUAAAGUAGCCAACAGCACCAAAAAUAACAGAAUGGAUUUCCUAAUGAAAUCAGGCACAGGUUUCCCUCACGCGACCCCUCCAAGGCAGGCAGUCUCCCCUCUGUCCUCCUCGCCUUCGACAGCUGCAUAGUGGUGUGCUGGUAGAGAGCCCUCGCCACGCGGACCCCACCGCCCUGCUGAGGAAACGAAGUCCGCUUCAGCUGCCACGACCGCCCCAACAGACAAACGGGGGUUCUCCGGUUUGAAAAUUACAAACUCAUCUUGCACAUGACAGAAGAAAAGACAGCCAAAGUAAAGCCAUUUCUUUUCAAGUUUUGUGUGUGUGUGUGUGUGUGUGUCUCCUAUCCCUUUUCCUCUCUAGAAAAAUCUGCUCACAUGACUGGUGGUUUUAAAAUUUGUUCUCCAAACUUCACCCUCUUCAAAAAUGGGUUAAAAAGCCUUUUUUUCCCCAACAGUUACAAAAAAAAAAAAAAAAA